GUCUCGACGAUCUUUGUGUUCAAUGUGAUCAGACAGCGAAACGAAACACACCGACCGUUGUCAGGUGCCUGGAACCACACCGACGCCGAUCACAGCGCAAACACCGGCUUUUCUACAGCCUUUAACAUUCAUAUCACCACCUUAAAUCUUUAAUCAGUGUCUUCAUUGUGAUGGCGCAUCCGGUGGGUGUGUCUCUGGUUUGAUUGACAGCUUGUGCUAAAAUGAACGGACUACAGUGAGGAAAAGAAUGAGUAGAGACCACUCCCCUCAAACAUCAUGAAGCUCAACUCAUCCUGAAUCGCACACACUUCACACAAUCACACAAUCGAACUUCCUCGCCAUGGGCUCUGUGUACCUGUGGAAGUUGUCCUCCCAAAAGUUGGGAUUCUUCCUGGUGAGUUUUGGCUUCAUUUGGGGGAUGAUGCUGCUUCAUUUCACCAUCCAGCAGAGGGCGACACACGAAAGCAGCGCUCAACUACGUAUGCAAAUAUUGGACCUCAGCAAGCGAUAUAUCAAAGCCCUCGCUGAGGAGAACCAGAGCGUGAUGGAUGGACCCUACGUAGGCACCAUGACUGCAUACGAUCUAAAGAAGACUCUAGCUGUUCUUCUGGAUAAUAUAAUGCAGAGAUUAUCAAAGCUAGAGUCUAAAGUGGACAAUAUCAUGUACAACGGGACCAGUACCAACCUGACCAAUGGAACCGGGACCCCUGGACCGAACCCGGUCAACCCAGAAAAAGUCAAUGUGGCAGACUUGCUGAACGGAGCGCAGGAGAAAUGUGAACUACCCUCGCUUGACGGGUUUCCGCAUUGUGAAGGGAAGUUGAAUUGGAUGAAGGACAUGUGGCGUUCGGACCCCUGCUACGGCAUCUACGGAGUGGACGGAUCCACCUGUUCAUUCUUCAUUUAUCUGAGUGAGGUUGAAAACUGGUGCCCUCGCCUGCCGUGGAGGAUCAAGAAUAAUGCUGAUGAAGCCGACAGGAAUACACAGACGGAGAUCCGCACGAGUUUCGAGGAGCUGUAUCGCGUGAUGUCGCGGCGCGAGGAGUUUCGCUGGAUGAUGCUGCGGAUCAAGCGCAUGGAGGAGCCGUGGGUCAGCGCCAUCCGCUCCCUCGCCACCAAACAAAACCUCAACAACCACAAGCGCAAAAAGGUCCUGGUGCACCUGGGUCUCCUGACGAAGGAGUCUGGUUUUAAGAUAGCGGAGAACGCGUUCAGCGGAGGUCCUCUGGGCGAGCUGGUUCAGUGGAGUGACCUGAUCACCACGCUGUAUCUGCUGGGACACGACAUCCGCAUCUCAGCGUCUCUCGCCGAGCUCAAGGAGAUCAUGAAGAAGGUCAUGGGUAACAAGUCCAGCUGCCCCACAAAGGGUGAUAAAGUUGUGGAGCUCAUCUACAUAGACAUCGUGGGUCUGGCUCAGUUCAAGAAGACUCUGGGCCCGUCCUGGGUCCAUUAUCAGUGCAUGCUGAGGGUCCUAGACUCGUUUGGGACGGAGCCGGAGUUUAACCACGCCCACUACGCCCAGUCGAAAGGUCACAAAACUCCGUGGGGCAAGUGGAACCUGAACCCCCAGCAGUUCAACACUAUGUUUCCUCACACUCCAGACAACAGUUUCCUGGGCUUCGUGGUGGAGCAGCACCUGAACGCCAGCGACGUCAAGCACAUCGACGACAUCAAGCGGCAAAACCAGUCGCUGGUGUACGGCAAGGUGGACAACUUCUGGAAGGAUAAAAAGAAAUACCUGGACAUCAUUCAUUCGUACAUGGAAGUGCACGGCACGGUCCACGGCACGAGUACAGUCCACCUGCCGGCCUACGUGAAGAACCACGGCAUCCUCAGCGGACGCGACCUCCAGUUCCUCCUGCGCGAGACCAAGCUUUUUGUCGGACUGUCCUUCCCGUACGAGGGUCCCGCCCCUCUGGAGGCCAUAGCCAAUGGCUGCGCUUUCCUCAACCCAAGGUUCGACCCGCCUAAAAGCAGCAAAAACACGGAUUUCUUCAAGGGCAAACCCACACUCAGAGAGCUGACCUCCCAGCACCCUUAUGCUGAGGUUUACAUCGGACGGCCACAUGUCUGGACCGUCAACAUAGAUGACCCAGCAGAGGUGGAGAACGCCAUUAAAGCCAUCCUCAGUCAGAAGAUCGAGCCGUAUCUGCCGUAUGAGUUCACCUGUGAGGGGAUGUUGCAGCGCGUCAACGCUUUCAUCAAGAACCAGGAUUUCUGUCAUGGUCAGGUGAUGUGGCCUCCUCUCAGCGCCAUGCAGGUCAAAUUGGCUCCGGCUGGUAAAUCCUGCAAGCAGGUGUGUCAGGAAGAGCAGCUGAUCUGUGAACCCUCUUUCUUCCAGCAUCUCAAUAAAGACAAGGAUCUGUUCAGGUAUGGUGUGGAGUGUAAGACGGUGGAGUCCACCAGCGAUAUCGUCGUCCCCGCCUUCAGCGAAUCGGUUCGGCAUUGCGUGUUCCAGUCGGACCUGCUGCUGUUCAGCUGCGCCGGGGCCCAUCAGUCCCUCACGCGCAUCUGUCCCUGCAGAGACUACAUGAAAGGACAGGUGGCGCUGUGCAAGGACUGCUUAUAACACACACGCACGCGCACACCACACACACUUCAGCAACCCCAAACGACCAAACUGGCGGUUCAUCCCCCGCCGUACCGGACGGGACCGGACUAUUACAUAGCGCAGUGCUGACAGAGCCAGUGUUGUAAUGUGCGGUGAUUCGAAUUAAAGAAUUCAGAGGAAUUCAACUCUUGUUUUAUUCCCAUAAACUCACAAAAAAAGAAAGAAAUGGAAACGCUGGAGUGCGGCAGCUCUCGGCAUUCGGCCGAAAAAAAAAAAAAAAACGAAGGAUGGAAAGAGAAGAAAAUGAUUUAUUUUGCUGGAUUUUUUUUUGUUUUUGCACAAACUUGAACUAGUUUCAGGCUGACAUACUUGAAGCGGAUUGCAGGGAAUCAGAACUGUACACUGCCCCCUGCUGGCAUGGAGGAAACACUGUAGUGACGUUUAUUAGCCCAGUUCUUCAUUCUACUGUUUUUGUUUAUUUGUUUUUCUUUCUUUCUUCUCUCUCUAAGGGGACUUUCAUCAUUGGACCAAGUCUGACAACUGACUCUGAAAAGCAUCUUUGACCAUUUUGAAGACUCAAACCGGAGUGCGUGUUUAUUUGUGUGUGCGAGUUCGCUUGUAAUUGGGGAAAUGGAGAAAUUUCCCCCGUUUUACACUGUAACUGGACUUUCCAUGUACUGGCUCCGUGAAAUGACGCGCUCACAUGUAAAUAGCAGGCGCUGAAACGUAAACACACGGUCCGCUUUAUUCUGCAUGGUAGUUUACUUGUUAACAGCACAUGCCAACACUGGGAAUUUUCAGUGUUGGUCACAAUCCACGUUAAAUAUCGCAGUACUGCACCAGUCAACUGCCAGGUGGGAUUUAUUAGAGAAAUACACACGUCGCAAACCAGCCAGUAUGAAGUAGAACGCAAGCCAAUUGACCAAACUAACCGUUAAAGUAGUAGACUGAAUUCAGCUAAAUUGGGACAUAUUUUGCUUUCGCGUUAAUUGGCAAAAAGUGGCCAAGUUUACCUGAAUGAACAUUAUAUCACGGGUUUCAGAUGAUCUGUAUGUGGAUAAGGUAAAUACCAAUACAAUCACAGAUAUUUCUGUAAAAUUUUAUCUUUAUUUGUAUAAAAAAAGAAAUAUAUAUCUGUAUAAAAACAAAGUGUACAUUACUAGGAUAAAAAAUAUUUUUUGUGUGUGUUAAAAACACAGAUUGGCCUUGGCUUUUUGUUUCAUUUUUAUUUUGCGCGAUAUUCUUGAAUUUGCCUGCUUAUUAUCGAAAAACGUCAAAAUUAGAAUUAUUUGUGUUUUGGAAUGAAACUGCACUAUAACGAAGAUUUGACAUCAGAUAUUACGACACUGUAUAAUUGUUUUAAAGUUUGUUUUUUAAUUUAUUUUGUAUACAGACCUUUAUCUCUGCUUGUUGACUUUUAUGUGACUAUUUAUAGAAGAGAAAAUUCU